AUGCAAGGAAAAAGUAAAAAGAAUAUUUGUAAAUCUGUUUGGGUUUGUAAAACAUUCGGUCAGAUUGUAGUAGGCACAAAGAAAAAUCAUCUUUUUGCAGGUGUUAAAAAAUGUAAAUAUUGUAAAAAGAUUGUUGAGCAAAGUCACGAUUGUUAUAUCCCAAAAUAUACGUCCCCUGAAAAAGAGGAACCCCCAGAUGUCCCUUUUAUUUUUUAUGAUUUUGAAUGCCGAUUUGACACUGGAGAACAUAUCCCAAAUUUCUGUGUUGCACAGCGGGCAUGCGGUGAUUGUAUUAGAAAACCACUCAGUGAAUGUUGCAUGCGGUGCGAUGAAGAGAGGGAAGUUAUUUUUCGCGGUGAUCAUACAUUAUCUAGCUUUUGUACAUGGUUAUUUAACCCAAAACAUAAAGGUGCAACGGCUAUUGCCCAUAAUGCCCAGGGUUAUGAUGCACAAUUUAUUCUCAGGUAUCUCGUUACACACGGUACAGUUAAACCAAAACUUAUAAUGAAUGGAAGUAAGAUUAUCAUGAUGGAAGCUCAUGGAGUUCGUUUAAUCCAUUCUAUGAGCUUUAUUAGUAUGCCACUAGCAUCAUUCCCUAAAACAUUUGGACUUACUGAAAUGGCAAAAGGAUGGUUUCCUUUUAGGGCUAACACACACGAAUUUCAGGAAUACAUAGGUCCAUACUUACCCUUAGAGUAUUAUAAACCUGGAAGUAUGAAACCAGAAUCACAAGAACAUUUUUUAAAAUGGUAUAACGAGAAGAUCAAAAAUGAAGAGGUAUUUGACUUUCAAAAAGAAAUGGAGAAAUAUUGUAGAUCAGAUGUAGACAUUUUAAGACGUGGGUGUGGUGAGUUUCGAUACCAGUUAAUGAGCAGUGAUCAAAUAGACCCCUUCCUUGAAGCAUGUACCUUAGCACAAGCCUGUAACAAAGCCUGGCGAAAGAAUUCUAUGCCAGAAAACAGCUUUGGUAACAUAUCUGAUGCAGGGUAUCCAAACAAAACACGAUACGCAAUCAAAGCUAUACGGUGGAUACAAGGUAUAGCGUAUAAACAUGAUACAAAAAUCCAGCAUGCUUUGAAUGGUGGUGAACAACAAAUAGGUCCAUACUUUGUCGAUGGGUUUGACAAGGAAACAAAAACAAUGUAUGAGUUCUUAGGCUGUUGGACGCAUGGAUGUAAAGAAUGUUAUCCCAAAGAAACAAAAAAUCCGUAUUCAAUGCAAACAAUGGAAACAUUGUACAAAAACACUUUUGAACGAUUUGUUGUUUUACAGCAACAAGGAUACAAUAUUAGAUAUAUUUGGGAAUAUCAGUUUAAUAAUUCAUACAAAAUUGAUCUAGUAUAUAAGUCAUUGAUUGACAGGUUCUAUCCACAUUUAGAACCAAUUGAACCCCGAGAUGCACUAUUCGGCGGAAGAACUAAUGCAGUGCAUUUGUAUCAUGAAGUAGACGAAACUACAAACCAGGAGAUUAAAUAUGCUGACAUUUAUUUGCUCUAUCCAUACGUUUGUAAAUAUAAGGAAUAUCCGUUAGGACAUCCCAUCAUAUUAAGUCAGGAGCAAAUCCGUUUUGACGAUAUAACAAAAUAUAAAGGACUUAUCAAGUGCAAGGUACUACCAGCUCAAAACGAAUGGAUGCCUGUAUUACCUUUGCAUUGCAACAAGAAAAUGGUAUUUAUGCUGUGUCGGACUUGCGCUGAAAAAGAAUGUACGUUUUGCAGUCAUGGUGUUGAUGAUCGAGACUUGGUUGGUACAUGGACUUCAAUAGAAUUAGCAAAAGCUAUAGACAAAGGUUACCAGGUGCUAGAAAUAUACCAUAUUUGGCACUGGGAUCACUGGAGUAGUCAGGUUUAG